AUGGAACCGUCUACUGAAGCAAAGGAUGAAGGUGCUACUGGAAGAGCUGGAGAAGGCCAGGAGGGCAGGAGACGAGCGUCCAUCCGGGCCAAUGGGCGUGUGAGUGAAGACACUCUCGGUGGCCGUCCCAAGCGGCGCAAGCCCAGAAAGGAAACGGAGAGCCACAGCAAAAGUGAGCCCGAGGGCACUGACCGGAAAGGAGGAACUCCAUGUCGGGGUGGGCUCCGUUCUUACCAGCGACGCGUCCCUCGGGGCCGUUCAGACACAAGGUCACGCAUUGAUGUUGAUGAAAGCAUCCCCGAGUCACAUCGUUACGUCUCGGCUGAUGACACGUGCAAGUCUUCAUUGUACAUUGGGAACAUGUCAAGCCAGGUGACCAAGGAUGAAGUUCGUGCCCUGUCAGAUGCCAUCCGCAGUGUCCGCUUUAUAAACAGGCACAGUGCAUUCCUGGAUUUUGAGAGCCCAGAAGUGGCUUCUGCACAGCUGGAGCCCCUGCGAAGCAUGCAGCUCAAGGGGAAGCAAGUGCAGGUGGAGCCCAGCAGACCCCAGAGCAGUUCCACAUACAAGCCAGACCGCCUGCUGUAUGUGCGAGGGCUUCCUGAUGACCAAGGCAUGGAUACCCUUGGAUCCAUAUUUCCUGAUGUCGUGCUCAUUGACCGCCUUGAAGGCAAAGUGCUGCUCAGAUUCAAGGACUAUGAAAGUGCCAUAAGUGCCAUCAAACAAGUUAUUGCUCAUGAUGGGACAGACUACAAGUUCAACUUUGCUGCUGUUCGUCCUAGAUGGAACCACCGAUGUCCGCCCCGAACAGUGUGGCGCGAAGGGUAG